AUGUCUGUGUCUCAUGGGGAUCCUUUAGCGACGAGCUCUGAUGCAGACCAGAAAUCCGAAUCUGCCAUGGGCGAAGAGCCAUGCGAACUUCUGCAACAUGUCGGGGCUUCCCCUGAUCAAACACCGCCGCUGGUAUGUCCAUCCUUGCUCACGCUCUCAUCCGAGACCGAUACGUCCGUUCUGUACCCGUGGACCAGAUGGGUUGAGAGUCUCCGAUCACGAAGUCGCCGAGGCCCCAAACCUUCAGCUCACGUCGAUGGAUGGUUCGAUGGGCCGCCUGCUGCAAUAGUAGGGGAGGGGAAAUAUCCACUCGCGCCAUCUUGCCCGGGCAUGGAGUCAUGCGAUCAAGUGUCUGGGUGCUCGUCAUCAAUCUUGGGAAGAGUGAAAACGGCAAGCAUCAGCAUCUCGACCUCGAGCGAACUGAAGUCACGGACAAAUACCUUAACCAGCAAUAGUAUCGUCCCGUCGCGGCGAUCUGUUGAAAGUACUCGGUCCACUUUAUACGAAAUGAUGAGCCAUGGUAGCAGGGUAAGAGCUGCCAAGAGGAGGCAUAUCCUGCGGGAGAUUUAUAGCUCUGAGGCGAAUUACGUCCACGGGCUACAGACGCUCGUUCAAAUCCUAUCGGCAUAUCUCACCAUGCGACCAGCCAUACUUCACGACUUGCAGCGUCUGUAUGAUAUGCACGACUCUUUCAAGAAACGACUAGAGAGCAUUAGUCCCCAGUCAGCAGAACCCAACACUCUUAGUGUUGCCCAUGGAAAGCCCCGCAUUAUUCAAAAGAUCCAGAGUCGGCCCCUGUUGAGGCGAAAUCUGAGACGGCUUGUGAAUGGAAAACAAACGAAGGACUGGGCAGAUCCAUCUGAAGCUUUGUUGGUGGCCAUGGAGAUUGAUAGACUGACAGCAGGGUUUGGCCUGUAUGAAAGCUUCAUCAGGACAUUUGAUGUUCUCGCCGAAGACUUGACAAUCCUACGGCAGUCUCGACCUGCAGACGGAUUCUGGGCAGAAGGCAUUGAAGCCCUCUCCAAAUCAGUCGAUUCAACCCAGAGACGCAAAGAAAAUGGCAAGAAGUCUUUGACUGUUGAUGAUCUCAUGGCAAAGCCUGUUCAACGUGUUUGCAAGUAUCGGUUACUCCUGGGUGAACUUCUCAAAACCAUUCCAGAGGGUGAAUAUCCGCUGGCGCAUUCAAAGAUUAAAGUGGUUUUGGAGAAAAACGUGGAGGCAGUGGAUAAAAUCAACACAGUCGUCGGAAACCCUGACCUGCGGAUGCGCAUUGCGAGGACUAUUUCGCUGCACGAGCGCCUUGAAUAUGACAUCUCAGGCACUGUUGAGAAUGUUUAUCAAGAUCUGGGACCAUUGAUUCUUUGUGGAGUUCUUCAUGUUGCAUACAGCUCGCCGAAUUGCGUGGAUGGGCAGUACCUGGCUUGUAUAUUGUUUUCGAGCUACAUUGUGCUUGCAAAGCCUCGAAACGACACCCGCAAGCUCACUCUCAUUGCAUCGAUCUAUCUUUCAGACAUGACGGUUGACACUCUAAUGAACGGACAAGGCGUUGCUUGUCUCGAUACCCCAUUCUCUUGGAAAGUCGGUUUUCAGCAUAAUAAAAUUCGACACGAACUCAUUCUUAGCGCCUCUUCAGCUGCCGAAGAACGAACUUGGAAAACGGAAAUCUUGAAAGCAUCAGUUAUGCCGUCGGACGAACUGCCGACAUUAUCACUAGAGGCGCGACGGUUUUCCUUCCUAUCCAUUCCUUUGAAGAAACUAGAAAACGACGAUCGAUCAUUAUUGCUCAAUCGGACAGCUUCCUUGAGGUCGUUUUCUUCUCAUGCACCCCUUCGCACACAGCAGCGGCAAAUAAUUGUCAAGAGAACGCACAACCCCGUUUACGAUAAUGAGGUUCGACAGCUUCAGGAGUCGGAUUUGACGCGGUCUCGCUCUGUUGCCAAGAGUAACGUCAACUCCCCUACAGUACUAUUGCCUCUACGAUGGAGCCGCGUGAAACUAGAACGGAGCAUUGGCGAUAUCUUCAGCCACGAGCUGCUUCCAUACCCCGGGAUGACACUAGGAGGCGCUGAUUAUCUCCAGACUCAAAGCAUGAUGCGCAGGUCUAUCAUACGUGGGAUCUCGCUGCGUGGAGUUUUCACUAAUCGGCGGUCUGCUUCUCUCGGCAAGGCGUCAGCUCUGUCUAUAGAUUCGGGCCAGGAGAUCAAGAACGACGAAAGGGAAGCCAACGUAGAUGAUGUAUCUAACGAGAUGCAAGCUGCAGCACCCACAUCCGACGAGGCCGGUCUCGAACGUCCGCAAAGCCCAGUUCCACAGCCAUCGCAAUCGAUCAAACGGCGUGUAGUCAGGGCAACAUCAGAUAAUGUCACGACAAGGGCGAAUGAGAAGAGCAAGCCACGGUCCUUGUGGAAACGAUGGCCAUCUUCCCUGUCUGGAUUUAGCCUGUUCAAUUCCAGAAGCAGCGAAACUUAA